AUGUUAAUGGCCAAUGUUGCGAAGUCUGACAAGAUAAACAUGCUCCUCAAAUUGAAACGAAAAAUUCCAGAGUCUGUGUCUAGCUCCGCUAACGCCAUUGAUCAAUUAAUGGAUUGUUUUGUGAAAGGCGCAGAAGGUGCUCUUAACAAACACGCUACCUAUGACUACCUAUCUUAUCUGUUUGCCGAUAUUUCGAAAUCCGAAGAAGGCCGCGCCUAUUUUACAACGAGGCAGGAAUAUGACAAUGUUGUACCUGUUACAAAGCUCAUCGUCUUUACCGAACACAGCAGCAUGAUUAGGAGAAAGGGAGUUGCAUCAAUUAUCAAAAACGUUGCAUUCGAUAUUCCUUCUCACCCUAUGCUUUUCUCUGAAGCGGAUGCGAACGUUCUCCCCUACAUACUGUUGCCAAUAGCUGGACCGGAGGAAUUUGCCGAAGAAGAGUCAAUGGAUAUGCUGCCGGACCUCCAGUUGCUCCCAGCAGACAAGAAGAGAGAUAGUGAUAACAGUAUUAUAGUAACGCACCUUGAAACAUUGCUGUUGCUAACAACGACAAGAGAAGGGCGCGACAAAAUGAGGGCCAUCAAAGUCUAUCCAAUAAUCCGAGAGUGUCACCUUCAUGUUGAUGAUGAGGAUGUUCGAGAGGCCUGUGACAGGUUGGUCCAGGUCCUGAUGCGGGAGGAAGGUGAAGGGGUAGACUCAUCACAAAGAAACAAUGCCAAUAUUAAUACUCAGCAAGAAGGUGAAGAUGAAAAGGUUGUAGAGUUAUUCUGA